AUGCAGUUGUUGACUUUGGCUUCAUUGAACAAUGGAAAGUUUCAAUCCAGAUAUGAGCCAAAGGCGGAACAGGAGAAUGAGUACAAAAUUCCACACAAAGAAUCAUUACCGAGAUUUUCCUUUGAAGUUGGAGGCUGGAAAAGCCUUCAACCAUUAAAGGCGACAUCGAUAUUUGAUUUUAGAGUCGAUUGUGCAUGCGGAUCUAUUGUGUGUGUCAAAGGUUUUUGUAUAGCACUGCAACUCAAUAUAAUAUUAAUUAAUAAUACAGAAAUUGUCACAUCGCUUUUAAGUAGAGGUGCUAGUGUUGAUGUUAAAGGAGAAAGUUACUACUUUGAAAGUAGUAUGACCCCUCUGCAUAUUUGUGCUUCGAAAGCGAAAAAAAAUUUCAAUAUACAUAUUGCCAAAGAUCUUCUAAACUAUGAUGGUGCUUCUAUCAAUUCAUUAACAUCGAAAGGAUAUACGCCACUUUAUUUUGCUUCUAAACGAGGUAUUGUAGAAGCUGUGAAAUUAUUCCUGGAUUGGGGUGCUGAUAUUAAUGCUAGCACAAAGGAUAAUUUAAGCCCACUUCAUGUUGCUAUUGAGAAUGGACAUAAAACAGUUAUAAAACUGCUCUUAGAAUGUGGAGCUAUAGUUUACAAUCAGGACACUGAUAGAUCCGUACUACACUUUGCUGUUGAAAUAGGUUCUUUGUUGAUUGUUGAAGAGGUUUUGAAGUAUUGUCCCGAUGUCAAUAAUGCAAACUUUUCUUUCAAUAAUAAAGAGCCUGAUAGUAACGUUAAGGGAGAAAUCGCCAAACUGCUUCUAAGUAAAGGCGCCCAUGUAGACGUUCAAACUGAAUAUGGUAAAACAACACUUCUUUCUUCCACUAAAAAAGGAUAUGCAAAAGUUGUUGAAGUUCUUUUGGAAUACAAUGCAAAUGUUAACUUGGCCCUGAAAAGUGGCUUCACUCCACUUCAUAUAUCUGCCCAGGACGGAAAUCUAGAAAUUAGCACAAUGAUUUUGAAUAAAGGAGCCAAUGUAAAUGCUGCAGGAAAAAAUGGAAUCACUGCACUGCACCUUGCAGCUAAAAACGGCCAUGCAGGAGUUGUAAAACUAUUGCUAGAAUGCAAUGCCAAAUUUGAUUCUGAAUUUCAAUUUCACAACGCACCACUUCUUUUGGAAUGUGGAGCUGCAGUUGACAAUCAGGACACUGACAGAUCCGUACUACAACUUGCUGUUGGAAUAGGUUCUUUGUUGAUUGUUGAAGAGGUUUUGAAGUAUUGUCCUGAUAUCAAUAAUGCAACUAACAGAAACUCUCUUGAAAUCGCGGUGCGCGGCUGUAGAGGAAAAGGCCAAAAAAAACAGGAAGAAAUAGCUAAAUUGUUGAUUAGCUACGGAGCUAAACUAAAUACUCAAGACGAAACUGGAAAAACGCCAAUAUUUUAUGCUACUAAAAAUGCUGAUUUAAAAAUGAUCGAGCUACUUUUAACUAAUGGAGCUAUUGUUGAAGAUGAUCCUGAGCUAUUGUAUAUUGCUCUUAGGAAAGAAUACAAAGAAAUCGUUGAAGCUCUUCUGCAACAUGAUGCUGAUAUAAAUGCUUGUGAUAACUACGGAAGAACAGCAUUGCAUUUUACUGCUUCGGAUCAGCAUGAAUAUUUCCGAGUCCGAGAUUAUUUCCCCUCUCUAUGUUCUGAUAAUUUUUCAGUCUUUUCUUUUAAUAAUAAAGAGCCUGAUAGUAAUAUUAAGGGAGAAAUCGCCAAACUGCUUCUAAGUAAAGGCGCCCAUGUAGACGUUCAAACUAAAUAUGUUAAAACAACACUUCUUUCUUCCACUAAAAAAUGA